AUGUACGGCAGUUCCAGAGCUGUAGGCCAUAUAGAGAGCAGCCCCGCACGGUCCCCGCGCCUGCCAAUCCCCAGACUGGGCCAUCGGAGGGCCAACAGCGGGGGCGGGGGCGGUGGGGGGAAGACGCUCUCCAUGGAGAACAUCCAGUCACUCAACGCUGCCUAUGCUACUUCGGGGCCCAUGUACUUGAGCGACCACGAGGGCGUCGGCUCCACUGCCACCUACCCAAAAGGCACCAUGACUCUGGGUCGCGCCACCAGCCGGGCCAUGUACGGGGGCCGCGUCACAGCCAUGGGCAGCAGUCCGAACAUCGCUUCAGUGGGGCUUCCCCAUGGUGACCUCCUGUCUUACAGUGACCUGGGCUCCCUCUCCAUGCUACACCACCACCACCACCACCAGGGGGUGCCUUCUGCACUGCUGAGGCAGGCGGUGCGGGGCAGUGGUGGGGAGCUGCUGGAGAUGCAGGUCCAGCUCAGGGACAUGCAUAGGGAGAACGAGCUGCUGCGCCGGGAGCUUGACCUGAAGGACAGUAAGUUGGGAUCUUCCACAAACAGCAUCAAAAGCUUCUGGAGUCCCGAGCUGAAGAAGGAGAGGAUAAUGAGGAAAGAAGAGGCGGCUCGCACAUCAAUCCUUAAAGAGCAGAUGAGAGUCACUCAUGAGGAGAACCAGCAUCUCCAGAUGACUAUCCAGGCUCUCCAGGACGAGCUGCGCACACAACGGGACCUGAACCACCUGCUGCAGCAGGAGGGCGGCAACCGCUCCGCCGCCGACCACUACACCACCAUCGAGCUGACGGAGGAGAACUUCCGUCGGCUGCAGGCCGAGCAUGACAGGCAGGCCAAGGAGCUCUUCUUGCUGAGAAAGACACUUGAGGAGAUGGAGCUUAGGAUCGAGACCCAGAAGCAGACACUUGGAGCCAGGGACGAGUCCAUUAAGAAGCUGCUGGAGAUGCUGCAGAGCAAAGGGCUGCCCUCGGGGCCGGGCAGGGUGUCUGAGGAGGAGGAGCAGGAGAGAGCGAGGCGCAUCGCUGAGGCAGAGGCCCAGCUUGGACACCUGGAGGUCAUUCUGGAUCAAAAGGACAAGGAGAACAUCCACCUGCGAGAGGAACUUCACAGAAGAAAUCACCUGCAUCAGGAUCCGAGCAAAACCAAGGCCCUGCAGACCAUCAUAGAGAUGAAAGACACCAAAAUUGCCUCUCUGGAGCGCAACAUUCGAGAUCUGGAGGAUGAGAUUCAAAUGCUGAAGGCGAACGGCUUACUGAACACAGAGGACAGAGAAGAGGAGAUCAAACAGAUGGAGGUCUACAAGAACCACUCUAAGUUUAUGAAGAGCAAGAUUGACCAGCUGAAGCAGGAAUUGUCAAAGAAGGAGUCAGAGCUGCUGGCUCUGCAGACGAAACUAGAGACCCUCAACAACCAGAACUCAGACUGCAAACAGCAUAUCGAGGUGCUCAAAGAGUCUCUCACUGCCAAGGAGCAACGUGCUGCCAUCCUGCAAACAGAGGUUGAUGCUCUACGUCUGCGUCUCGAGGAGAAAGAGUCUUUCCUGAACAAGAAAACCAAGCAGCUGCAGGACUUGACGGAGGAGAAGGGAACUCUCGCCGGAGAGAUCAGGGACAUGAAGGACAUGCUUGAGGUCAAAGAAAGAAAGAUCAAUGUCCUGCAGAAGAAGAUUGAGAACCUGCAGGAGCAGCUGCGGGACAAAGACAAGCAGCUGGGGAACUUAAAGGACAGGGUCAAGUCUCUGCAGACCGACUCCAGUAACACAGACACUGCCCUGGCCACCCUGGAGGAGGCGCUGUCAGAGAAGGAGAGGAUUAUAGAGCGUUUAAAGGACCAAAGGGAGAGGGAAGACAGAGAACGUCUGGAAGAAGUGGAGUCGUAUAAGAAAGACAACAAGGAUCUGAAGGAAAAGGUCAACACCCUGCAGAUAGAAUUAACAGAGAAAGAGUCCAGUCUCAUCGAUUUAAAGGAACACGCUUCAUCGCUGGCAUCCUCCGGCCUUAAGAAGGAUUCAAAGCUCAAGUCACUGGAGAUCGCCAUUGAGCAGAAAAAAGAGGAGUGUAGUAAGUUGGAGACGCAGCUGCAGAAGGCCCAUGAGGUGGAGCAGCAGUCCGGCCCCAGAGGGAACCCAGAGUACGUGGACCGAGUGAAGCUGCUGGAGAAGGAGGUGAGCUACUACAAGGACGAGUCCAACAAGGCUCAGACGGAGGUGGAGAGACUCCUGGACAUCCUGCGAGAGGUGGAGACUGAAAAGAAUGACAAGGAUAAGAAGAUUGCUGAGUUGGAAAGACAAGGAGGCAAAGACCUGACAAAGAAGGGUCCAAACAUCAAACUGGGACCACAAGGAGACAAGAAAGGCUUAGGACAAGACCCUCGUAAAGACGGCUCCAUGGACAGUGGCCACCACGUAAAGUUGGAGGAGCUGAUGAACACGCUGGAAAGGACAAGGCAGGAGCUGGAUUCCACCAAGCAGCGUCUGUCCUCCACACAGCAGUCGCUGCAGGAGAGAGACGGCCACCUCACCAACAUGAGACAGGAGCGCAGGAAACAGCUGGAGGAGAUACUGGAGAUGAAGCAACACGCACUUCUGGCAGCCAUCAGUGAGAAAGAUGCUAAUAUUGCGCUGCUGGAACUCUCUGCGUCCAACAAGAAGAAAACCCAAGAGGAGGUGCUGUCCCUCAAGAGGGAGCGGGACAAACUGAUGCACCAGCUCAAACAACACACACAAAGCAGAAUGAAGCUGAUAACGGACAACUAUGAAGAUGACCUCAGCCCCAGCCGCAGUACCCUCACGCUCCUCCUCACGCUCCUCACGCUCCUCCUCACGCUCCUCCUCACGCUCCUGCUCACGCUCCUGCUCACGCUCCUCAUGCUCCUGCUCACGCUCCUCACGCUCCUGCUCACGCUCCCCAUGCUCCCCACGCCCAGCAGACUCCAUAUCCACACGCCAUGCAUCCGCAACACCCACAGCAUCCGCAGCACCCACAGGCCCCCCAACAGCACCCGCAGCAGCCACAACCCCAGUACACUCACCCACCUCAUCCACAGCACCCUCAGCAGCACGCUCAGCACCCCCAACCACCUCCCCAGCAUCAACAGCACCCGCGCCCCCCGCAGCCCCAGCACGCUCACCAACAGCACCCACAGCAUCCUCCACAGCACCCACACGGACACCCUCCUCCGCAGCAGCACCCUCACCCUCAGCACCCACACGGCCCUCCACAACAAGGACCCCAUCCCCAGCAUCCACAUCCCCAGCACCCUCAACACCCCCAACACCCUCAGCACCCGGCCGGCCCGAGGACCCCCCCAUGCUGGUCACCGCCCUGCCCCGGACCAGGAUGACGACGAGGGCAUUUGGGCAUAA